CAGACAAGGGCAACGAUUUGAGGACGCUGAGACCAGGCCGCUGCUAUCUGCAUAUGGUGGAGCAUUGCAUGAAAGGUUGGGCCUUUGUCCUGAAUGUAUGCCGCAUCCAAAAGGUUGGCGUGUCCCUGCCCCAAUCCAUUUCGAUUAAGGAUAAGAGAGCGAAGACCUCGUGGGCAACGACGUAAUGGGCGGUCGGCAGGUCGGAAAGGAGCACCUUCACCUUGGAUAGCUUCGUGCCGUGGUCGGGACAGUCAGUGGCGAACAGAGUGGCGAAGGGAUAAUGAAGGAAGGGGAGCUGAGAGGAGCCAUCGCUUGCCUUGCUCCAGGUACGAUACCGGGUCGGAGGGCGAAGAUCGCCCCCCAAGAACAAAGAACAGGACUUUGGCCUCGAGGAACAAGGAAAGUUCCACUUUCGAGAGCGCUUUCCGGAUUCUCCGAUGCUUUUUUCCAUUUCCCUUAGAUGCGGCCUGUAAGCAGAUUUAUGUGACGUCGGAGAUUGCUUGCUGGUGGAAGAGUUUUCGAUCUGUUACAGUGUUGACGAUUGUAACCUUCUUGUCCCCAUUUGGCCUUCUCGUAGAGAUGUUCACUGAUCAUCAAUCCGUAGUUGGCACACCACUUCCUGUGCGGAAACAGGUAAAACAGAUUUGGGUCUGUUGUCGUUGUGAGGAGAUGUUUGACAAUCGGGAUUUGGUGGAGGGGUUUCGUGUAAGGUUCCACCAGAGGUCUACCGUAGAUCCCCGGUGCGAUUUUUGGCUCAGGUAGAGCGGUGCUUCCUCAGCGCUCAUCCCAGUUUGCACAUCAAUGGCGAUUGGGUACCCGUUUCAUCGUCAAGAGCCCCAUCCCCUGCGUCCUCAUGCUCUACAUCCUU